UUCAUAACCAGAAUCAACCAGAUCUCAAUGGAAGCAUACCAGAGCAGUGCAAGUAAUCAUACAGCUCGUCCCAGCAGACGGCGUGCCUCUCUUGCAUGCGACACCUGUCGACGACAGAAGGAGAAAUGCGAGGGCGGACCUCCAUGCUGGAGAUGCCAACGACUUGGCCGGCCGUGCACCGUCCGUGGCAAUGUCCUUUCACGAAGAUAUUCCGCUCGUGCUGACAGCCAAGAGAGCACGUCGCGAGUAGAGGGCUUGGAGCGGAUCGUGCGUCAUUUCCUGGGAAACGUGUCGCUGGACGAGGAAAAUGUCGGUCGCAUUGUCGCGAGACUUGAAGGGAGGUCGCAGGGAGACGAACCGAACGUGGACGAGCCGUUUGAUGUGCAGUUUGUGUCGAAGGAUAUCGCGCACUACUCGGGGGAGUUUUCGCAUUGGAAUUUCUCGCAGAAGCUGCGCCGGAAGAUCGGCCAGAUAGAGCGGUUCAGGGUCAAGGAGUACUGGCGACCAACGCAGCUUCAGUCCUCCAUCCACCUCGUUUCCCAAGCAAUGAACCACCUGCCUCCGCGACCGAUCACCGAGUUCCUCAUUGGCAUGUUCUUCAAGUACGCCGCCGUGAACGUCUUCUACAUGGAGCGAUCCUGGAUCCAGGAACGGGUUGAGCGCUGCUACGCCGCAUCGACAGAGUACACUCUCAGCGAUAUUCCCUGGGUAUGCUCACUCUUUGCGGUCCUCGCAGUCGGAACACAGGUCGCACACAUGGAAGAGGGCCAGGAAGAUAAUGAAGACCUGAAUUUGUGCUCAGAGGACUCAGUCGGGCUCUCGUUGUAUCAUAUUGCCUGCCGGUUGGUACCUGAUGUGCUGCUGGUUGCAUCCCACGAGAGCGUCCAGGCCUUUCUCCUGCUUGCACUUUACGCACUGCCUCUGUCGACUGGAGGGUUAUCUUACUCGUACCUGGGGAUUGCAGUCAAGAUGGCCAUACAGAAUGGCAUGCAUCGGAAAUACGUAGGGGAAUGCGAUCCCAGGAUUAUUGAAACGCGCAAUCGAGUCUUUUGGACUGCAUGCACGUUGGAUAAGAGAAUAAGCAUCUUUCAUGGCCGUCCAGCAUCCAUAGCAAAGUCAGAUAUCAGCACCGACCUCCCAUCUGAUGCGCUGUCCUUUUCGUCGCCCAACUACUCCAAUAUGAUGGCCUAUAUCAAGCUGAGCUCAUGGCUGGGAGAAGUAUCUGAGACACUUACUCUACUUCGAAACUGCCCGAAACGCUUCAUCCCCGAGUACCUCGACCGUCUCAUCCAACUACGAACGCAUAUCGGACAGUGGUGGGAUUCACUCCCUUUGACGAUCGAGUGUCGCGAUACAACGCCAGACAGUCCCCUGUUCCGCCAGAAUUCACAUCUGAAGAUGACAUACCUUCUGAUAUAUGUCUACAUGGGCCGCCCAUUCAUGUUUGCCAGCGACUGGACAGAUUCUCCGGUAGAGAAUGCAGACAGUGAUCCUCGAACGCUUCUAGUGCAGGGCUGUGUCAAAAGCGCCCUCGAUAUUUUGGAUACUCUGCAAUCAUUAUCCACUAAUACCGGUCUCUGCCGGGCAUCCUAUACAGAGUUCAGCUCAUGCCGCGCUGCACUACUAGUCAUACUCGCGGAACGACUGAACUCGCGCAAACUGAAUCGGUUCCAGGAUGAACUGAGUAGGGGAAUGGCCAUGAUCCGGCGCAUGACGGGGGGUAGCUCUUCAGAGUCUGAAAUAUCCUACCUCCAGUCACUCGAUGCAGCGAUCAGACAGUCUUCUCUAGCCGUGAACGAGACUGGAAGUGAUGAACAUAGGCUCCAAGAUGAGACCUCUGCAUACGCUCAAUUCAAGCACUGGACCAAUGCCAUGAAGCAGGAUACCUACCCCGGAGGCAUAACAGACCUAGAACUGUCAUCAUUCAGCCCGCUGUCAUUCUUAAACUCAGAGCCCCGUCUGGGAGAGGGAAACGAGGUGCAGGAUCUGCUCAAUACCUGGCCGAGUGAAGGUUUUGUAAUGGACCCUAAUGUCUUUUCUCCCCUGCAGACUGGGUGAAUGACGAAUCGUGCAUGAAUGCUAUGAAUAACGAUAUCAUGAUCUCUGUCUGCUCUAGCCAAAUACCACAUACUGUACACGCUUCAGCCACGGCGUCCUCUUCUCAUUCUCCAUUUCUG